CUACGCCAUCCAGUCCAUGCGAAUUGCAAUCGAAUUUUUUUUUUUUCUGGAUUUCUGGAAGAAAUUUUGGGUGGCCGGCAGGGGGAAAGAGGGGAAAUUGGAACUGGAAGGACAAUAUGGCGACCAGAGGAUUGCUGCUUGGUCGCUCAUUUCCGUUGCUGCUAAUCCACAGCAGCAAGACGGUGAAGCUCACUCAUGGCUAUGGCCGCCGCUCCUCUUACUCUUUUCUCGGCGAGAGCUGUAGUCCUUGUUGGCGGCAGAACAGCGCGGCGAGGUUUUCAGCGAAAGCAUUGUCGAACGAGGAAGCGCCGGACGUCCGGCGACUGGCUCAAACCGCUCGAAUUUCGCUCACUGAACAAGAGGUGGAGGAUUUCGGCCCCAAAAUCCAACAAGUGAUUGAAUGGUUUGGGCAACUUCAGGGUGUGGAUCUCAAACAAGUCGAGCCUGGGAUCCGAGCAGCAACAGCAGCAGGCAAGUGUUUUUUUCCUUUAUCCAAGGUUCUGGAUGAGGCUGAAGAAGGAGUGAACUUGAGGGACGAUGUUCCUGUAACAUUCCCCAAAGCGGAUGCCAUCAUUGAAGGCCUUCCAAGCUACGACGCGCCUUAUGUUCGAGUUCCUAAAUUCUUGCAUAAGGAGGAUUGACUUAACGAGCCUACAUAUCUCACAUCAAUCUUCCCAGGAAGUUUUGGCUGGGUGUGUGUCCUGUCUGUGCACUAAACCUUUUUUUAUUUCUUACUGAGAGAGAGUAGUACGCAGGUUAUAUUGUUGUCCCAUUUUAGCAUUAAUUCGAUUCCAUCAAAUUGGUUUAGGUAAUAGGACAAGGAGUAAGGUUGUGAUGUGUAGCACACUUAAACUUUCAUUGACUUGGAAGCAUUAAACAUUACUCAAUACGAGCAGAAAGCUUCAGGUUGUUAUUCGCGUGAAGGCUUUGCAUUUAGCUAGCUGGGGUUGAGUGAAUAAGUAGGAAUAAAC